CCGGCGGCGGCAGGCGCCCCGCCCGGGCUGGUAUGCGGGCGGAGAAUGACGCGGGAGGCGGGGUCACGUGACGCCCGUGGAAUGCCAACAAUGUAGCGAAUGUCCCACUUGGGUCUGCGCGUUGGAACAGCGGCGUGAGCGCCUGGGGAAGAUGGAGCAGCAGCCGCCGCAGCAGCAGCAGCCCCCGCCGCCGCCGACCGCGACUCCUUCGCUGCUGCCGCCUCCGCCCGGGUCACCCUCCUCUCUGCGGGGCCAGCAGCGUCCCGAGCCGCCCGUGCACGGCUGCUCCGCGCUAGAGGCCACCGAGGAGCUGCUGGUCAGCGGCCCCCAUUACCCCUAGACCCCACCCGUCUUUGGAGAUAGAAAUCUACAAAAUGAAGACUCUGGAAAUUUUUAGAUUCUUGAUAGGAACUAUGAAGAACAAAGAAAAAAAUUAAAAAGGAAAUUGUUUUGAAAGUAUGUUUACAAUGAACUGACACUGUUGAUAAUAGGUUGGGGUUUUUGGGUUUGGUCUUUUUCUUUUUUUUUAAAGAAUAAAGUACUUUGAGAAGAUUGUAUUUAUGUUAAAAAGGAAACUGUACUAACAAUGAGGCCAAAGACUUUUCCUGCUACAACUUAUUCUGGAAACAGCAGACAGAGAUUGCAAGAGAUUCGUGAAGGGUUAAAGCAGCCUUCCAAGUCCUCUGGGCAAGGGCUGCCUAUUGGACCAGGCAGUGAUACCUCCUUGGACACCAAAAUCUUGGUAGUAAAAGAUGCUGCAAGGCAGCAGCAGAUGAAACCUACUCCAAAGUUUGGACCUUAUCAAAAAGCUUUGAGGGAGAUCAGAUAUUCUUUGCUACCUUUUGCCAAUGAAUCGAGCACCAUGGAUGUAAACCGGCAGAUGUUACAGGAGUUGGUCAAAGUAGGAUGUGAUCAGGAGAUGGCGAUAAGAGCACUCAAACAAACUGGCAGUAAAAACAUUGAAGCUGCUCUGGAAUACAUUAGUAAAAUGGGCUAUGUGGAUCCGAGAAAUGAGCAGAUUGUGAGGGUCAUUAAGCAGACCUCCUCAGGAAAAGGAAAUGUGCCAAAUAAUGUAACUCGAAGGCCAAGCUUUGAAGGAACAAGUGAAUCUUUUCCAUCCUAUCACAUCAGUAGUGCAGCCUAUGAAGGGACAGGCUUUGGAGUAGAAGGAGCAAACAUGCUGAGUGAUGUGCCCAGGCAGUACAUGGAUUAUCUGCUCUCUGCUCCCCAGCCUUCGGCUCUGACUCCUGUAGGACCGAGGCCUCUAGGGGUCAACCCUCAUAACACACCUGGUAGCCAUCAGCACCAGUCCAAAGCCUAUUCUGCCAAUCUGGAGGCUCCGGGCAUUAAUUAUCCAGUUGCUAAUCACAGCAGCCAGGCCCUGCAGCUCCAGCCCUCUCACAGUUCAAACGGCCCACACUAUGGCAGGCCACAUAUGACAGUACAGGGAGAACCGCUGGGCUAUGGCAUCCAGCGCAGCCCGUCUUUUCAAAACAAGAUGCAACAAGACGGAGGGUAUGCCAACCUUCCAAGUAAAGGGCAAGUGGUCCAGAACAAUUCUGGGCACACAUUUCAGCCAGCAGCAACAAGCCUGUACCUGGCACAUUCUCAUCAUAAGCAGAGCAGCCCCUCUUCUCACCAGAUGCACAUGAUAGCCGCCCGGAGUCCGGCAUUUGCUAAUGACUUUUCAGACAACCCACCGCAGAGUCUCAUCACCCCAUCUAGAAACAGCCUGAACAUGGACUUGUAUGACAUGAACAACCCUGCAGUCCAGGGUUGGCAGUCAUCUACUCUGUCACGACGGGAUUCUUUACAAAACCCAACCCUGGAGGCUUCCCCUCGACCGCACGUCUCAUUCCGGCCUGACAGCCACGUACCAAGUAGAACUAACUCAUUCAACAACCACCAGCAGCCACCAGUGGCUGUGUCCAUUAGGACAGGACCUGCCAACAAAACGGAUGCCUCUAUCCCUUCCCCCAAUACCAUCACAGCUGUCACAUCUGCCCAUAUCCUGCAUCCGGUGAAGAGCGUAAGAGUCAUGAGGCCAGAGCCUCAGACAGCCGUAGGGCCAUCGCAUCCUGCCUGGCUUCCCCCAAAGACACCAGCUGUGGAAGGCUUAGAAAUGAUGGAGCAGCACCCUCUCCCAAAGGGAAGCCCAAAUGCUUACCCACUGGAUGUUGAUUAUGGCACUCAGGAGCCAAGGUGCCCACCACCUCCAUAUCCCAAGCACUUGCUCCUUCCAAAUAGUUCAGAGCAGUUUGACAUAAAUAGCCUUUGUGUGGGGGUGGAACAGAGCCUUCGAGGGGUUCCUAACUCAGUAAGCAGUCAGGCUGAGGACAGUGCUGAGAGAAAUGACAAAAGCAGCAAGAAUUCCAAAGUGGAAAAGCCAGGGAAGGAUAUAAAGCAAAUCCAAACUUCUCCUGUCCCUGUUCGUAAGAACAGCAAAGAUGAAGAGAAGAGAGAAUCUCGGAUUAAGAGUUACUCCCCUUUUGCUUUUAAGUUCUAUAUGGAGCAGCAUGUGGAGAAUGUCUUAAAAACCUACCAGCAGAAGAUUAACAGACGAUUGCAAUUGGAGCAAGAAAUGGCUAAAGCUGGUCUCUGUGAAGCUGAACAAGAACAGAUGAGGAAGAUCCUCUACCAGAAGGAAUCCAACUACAACAGGCUGAAGAGGGCCAAAAUGGACAAAUCUAUGUUUGUAAAAAUUAAGACCUUGGGGAUUGGUGCUUUUGGAGAGGUUUGCCUUGCUUUCAAAGUAGAUACUCAUGCCCUGUACGCCAUGAAAACGCUGAGGAAGAAGGACGUUCUAAAUCGUAACCAGGUGGCUCACGUCAAAGCAGAAAGGGAUAUAUUGGCAGAGGCCGACAACGAGUGGGUGGUUAAACUCUACUACUCCUUCCAAGACAAAGACAACCUGUAUUUUGUGAUGGACUACAUCCCUGGUGGGGACAUGAUGAGCCUGCUCAUAAGGAUGGAGGUCUUUCCUGAGCACCUGGCCAGGUUUUAUAUUGCAGAAUUGACUUUGGCCAUAGAGAGUGUCCAUAAGAUGGGCUUUAUUCACAGAGACAUCAAGCCAGAUAACAUUUUGAUAGAUCAUGAUGGUCACAUCAAACUGACUGAUUUUGGGCUCUGCACUGGAUUCAGAUGGACUCACAAUUCCAAAUACUACCAGAAAGGGAGUCACAUCAGACAGGAUAGCAUGGAACCUAGUGACCUCUGGGAUGAUGUAUCAAAUUGUCGAUGUGGAGACAGACUAAAGACCCUAGAGCAAAGAGCUAAAAAGCAGCAUCAGAGAUGUUUGGCACAUUCACUUGUUGGAACUCCAAACUACAUUGCCCCUGAAGUUCUCCUUCGUAAAGGGUAUACUCAGCUCUGUGACUGGUGGAGUGUUGGUGUGAUCCUCUUUGAAAUGCUAGUGGGGCAACCCCCUUUCCUGGCCCCAACUCCCACAGAAACCCAGCUGAAGGUCAUAAACUGGGAGAGCACACUUCACAUUCCAACACAAGUCAAGUUGAGCCCUGAGGCCAGUGACCUCAUUACCAAGCUUUGCUGUGCUGCUGAGAACCGGCUAGGCAGAAAUGGUGCUGAUGAGAUCAAGGCCCAUCCAUUCUUUAGUUCCAUGGACUUCUCUGGUGACAUCCGAAGGCAGCCAGCCCCUUAUGUGCCAAAGAUCAGUCACCCAAUGGACACCUCAAAUUUUGAUCCUGUAGAUGAAGAUGGCCCUUGGAAUGAUGUCAGUGGUGAUAGCACUAAGGCCUGGGACACUCUGACUUCUUCCAACAGUAAACACACGGAGCAUGCCUUUUAUGAGUUUACUUUCAGAAGGUUCUUUGAUGACAACGGCUAUCCAUUUAGAUGCCCCAAACCUUCAGGAAUUGAAGCCACACAGUCUCAGAACUCAGACAUGGAAAACAAAGAGAUGGUGGAUCCUACUGGGGACUGUCAACCUGUGUAUGUGUAAAUGAUUACAUAGCAUGCCCCAGACAGUCUGGGUAUUUAGAUAUAAGGAGGGCCUCAAAGCUGAUCCCUUAAUAGACAUGCUUGGAAGUUGAGGUCAGUUUUGUUGUAAAUAAGUUCUUCAAUUACUACACUUGAAAUUCUGGUCUUCACAGAAAAAAAAAAGUACUUUGCAAGUCAAGCAGUUCUUCAUUUCUAGACUCUGGUUUGUGUGAGAUCAACACCACUCACACAGAUAGGCAUUUAAAGACAAUUCACAGCAUUAAACAAUAUUUUUUAAAAUUUAGUACAGUUUAGAAAGAGCACUUAUAUUUUGUUUAUAUCAAUUUUUUUCCUACUAAAUUAUAGGGAUUAACUUUGACAAAUCAUGCUGCUGCUGUUAUUCCUUUUUCUACAUUGGUAUUUUAGCCAUAGCACUUAUUUCACAUUUAGGAAAAUGCAUUAAAAAACUGAAGAACACGAUGGGAAAAUCUCUGUGCAAUAACGUAAAAAAGGAAAAGAGAUAAAGCACUCUGGGCUGAUGUUACUAAACCCUGUUUUAUUCACAACAUAGUAGGGUUUUUUUGUUUUUCUUUUUUUUUUUUUUUGGAAUCCCUUCCUUCCUCCUUCCCCCCAGUGGCAGAAUUGUGACAUCACCUUAAAAAGUGGCUUUUGUUUCCUUUUGCAUAUUAGUGUGUAAUAGAAAGUGUGAGCAAGGUGACAAGUUGGGUGUGAUUUCAGUGUCUGGUGUGUGAAGAAUGUUGCAUGAGCGGGGUUUUUUCUGUUCAAUAAGUUACCAUAUCUUGCCAUUCACGGGCAGGUCCUGUGAAUCUGUUCUUAACAAAUAUCUUUAAAUGAGGUAUUCUAGACAGUGUGUUGAUAAUGUAUUGUGUGGAUGAUUUCCUUGUUAGGAUUGUAUCCCCUAUUGAUUUCUUAUUUUUUAAAUUUCAAAUGUUUAAGUGAGAAGUGAUUUUGUGUCUGUGAUUGGAUCAUUUUUUUGUGUGUGGGGGUAAAUUUAAACACCUCCUAUCCUUCUAAACUGAGAUUAAUUAGCAAUACCUCUUAAAGGUUAAUUAUGAAAAAAUGUUGAUCCUUGUUGUUUGUAUCCUGUUCCAUUCGUGGAAUGAUUUGUAUGUGGUAUUCAGUAAUUAUGACCUUGUUAAUUAAUAUUUUCUGUUAACAUUACACACACUGAAAAGAUUUUAAAAGUGUGUUCUCCUUUUGUCUCAGACAGUUGAAGUGUUAGCCCUGAUGGAACAGUCAUCUUCUGUUUCUAACAGAUGCUAUUGGUCUGGUUUAAAGUAUCAAAUCUUAACUGAGUUUAAAGUGUGCAUUAAAAUUUUUUUUUGUAAAAGUGAGGCUUAUUCAGAACAUUGAAAUACUAAAAUAAUUAAGCCAUAAAUAUUUGCAUAUAAGUUUAGGUGUGUAUAUAACUGAAUAGAUAAACACAUAAAAUAUUCCUUAAUUCAAAUUAGUAUUACAGUCCUAUUUAAAGUGAUUUAUAUUUGAGUAAAAUGCUCAAUUUUUUUUUUUUUUGCUUUUUGAAAUUUUGGCGCUUUGUAUUUUUCAUUAUGUUAUUCCAUAUAUUCCUUAAUUUUUAGCAUAUUGUAUCCAUUGUUAUCCAAGCAACAACAUUUAUAAAUUUAUCAUUGUCUGAACUAAAAAAAAAAUUAUUCUUGUGUACGUGUUUACAUUUGUAUGAAUGGCAUGUUCUGAGGUCUGCUGUGCUUGUAUUGUGACAGUCCAUGUAAGAUUCAGUAUUACUGCUUUUUUUUAAUAGUGAUGCCAUUUUUUUUGUUAUUUACAGCUAUCUGACAUACUUUCAUGUGGUAGGUUCUUUCUCAGGAACUCAAUUUAACUGUUAUUUAUUGAUAUACCAUUGCCUUUGAAAGCUUCUACUGGCACAAUUUAUUAUUAAAACUUUGGAUUCCCAAAUCA